CCUGAAAGCUGCUGGAGACAUAAGAAGCAGAAUGAGGGACGCUGCUUUCCUCACGUCGUGUGUAGCUGUGGGUCUCCUCCUGAGCUUCAGCCUGGCUGCCAGACAAGGACAGGACAUCAGAUGUGGAGCCUGCAGGGCUCUGGUGGAUGAGAUGGACUGGGCCAUCUCCCAGAUAGACCCCAAGAAAAUGAUCCAGACAGGCUCCUUCAGGAUCAAUCCGGAUGGGUCUCAGUCCAUCAGAGAGGUUCCUCUGGCUCGCUCUGAGGGAAACCUCCUGGAGCUGAUGGAGAGCGUGUGUGAGAGGAUGCAGGACUACGGGGAGCGCACGGACCCUUCCACAAACAGGAAGUCCUACGUCAGGGUCAAGUCUCGGAGCGGCGAGACCAUGGACCUGUCUGAGGCCACGCUGGACUCCAGAGUCACAUCCAGUUUAAAGUUUGCAUGUGAAACCAUCGUUGAGCAGCAUGAGGACGAAAUUAUCGAAUUCUUCGCCCACGAAACAGAAAACGUCAAAGACAGGCUCUGCAGUAAGAGGACAGACCUCUGUGACCACGCUCUGACCAUACCUCAUGAUGAACUUUGAUGUUCUCUCAGCAGAAACCUUUGGUGCUGUAUCUUUUUUUCCAUUUUCACUCCAACUGUUGUGGUUCAGGAUGUAGACAAGUGUUUACAUGAGAUCACAGAGAAUUUAAGAGCACAUUUAGCUUUUUUUGGUGGCAUACCCCUUUGUUCUGUAAGUUUAUUAUGUUCACGUUUUCUUUUAUGUGAUGACUCUUUUCUUUUAAAUGCUUCUCAUUAAAUGAAAACUGUGAAUCUGCACAAAGUAGUUGGAAUUACCUGUAGAUUCAGGCUUACUAGUGUUCAUCUAUAAUGAAAGAAACUCUUCAGGAAUAAACUAUCUGAAUAGAUGUUCCUACUUCCUGUUCAACAGUGAGUGUGUCAUUUCAUGACAAAUUAUGCUUUUAGAAAAAGAGUUUUUAAUGUUUUUUUAAUAUUUUCUUUUGGUUUGUCAGAGAAUGAGCUUAUUCCAGUUUUGUUUUUCUUUGUUUGCAUGUUUUAUUAGGUCAAACUACAAAGCUACGUUUAUUAAGUUGCAUGAAAAUAAUUAAA